AUGUCGCCAACACUUAUCAUCGCCUGUCUCCUUAUCCCGCUGGCGGCCGGCCAGCGGGCGAGUAACAUCACUCUUGCACCGUCCAUCGUCGAAUGCCCGCAACGCGGCGAGUGGAUCCGCCCGGCCGCCCGCGGGCUCUCGCCGGCCGAGGCCGCGUGGGUGCGCGGCCGCAAGGCCGCCGCCGUCAGCUCGCUCGAGAGUUAUCUGGCCAGCAUCGACAUGGGCGACUUUGACAAGGCCCAAUACAUCCAGCGGCUACGCGGCGGCGGGAGUAGCUGCGACCACAGGCCGGCCGGCACCGACGCGCCCGUCAUCGGCAUGUGCAUCAGCGGCGGCGGCUGGGGGUCCGCGAUUACUGGGGUUGGGGCUUUGCGCGCCUUUGAUGCCAGGCAGCCCGCUUCGGUGGCCGCUGGUACAGGCGGCCUCCUGCAAAGUAUGACGUACAUCUCUGGCCUGUCUGGCGGAGCGUGGCCGGUGACAUCCCUUGCUGUUGGCGGCUUCCCCGUCAUAGACGAUCUUAUCGCCAGCUGGAGGACCAAUAUCAGCCGGGUGUCGGGCGUGAUCACGGACAGCCAGUGGGCGGCGAGGCCCGAGACUAUGUUUGCGCAGCUCGCCAACAAGGCUCUUGCUCGUUUUAAUGUAUCAGUGGCCGAUUUCCUUGGCCAGGCCUUCAGCUGGGAGGCCGCGCCCUAUACUCACGGCGGCCUGACUUUUACUUGGAGUGGCAUUUCCGGGCUCAACAAGUUCCGGAAAUUCGGCAUGCCUUUCCCCAUCCUCCAGUCCGUGGGACUUGAUGCAUCGGAUGAAGAAUUCUACGGGCUCAAGGUCCCCAGGAGAAACUCCACCAAUUGGGAAUUUAAUCCGUUCGAAUUUGGCACGUUCGAGGGCCCCCGCGGCGGCUUCAUGCCCAUGGAGUUUCUGGGCACGCCCCUCUCCACCGGCAAGCCUAUGAACUCGUCCCUCUGUGUAAAGGCCUUCGAUUCUGUCGCCUUUGUCGUCGGGGCGUCGGGCAACGCCUUCAACUUUUGGUACAUAGCCUCCAAGUCCAACGGCACCAACGGCAGAUUUUCCAAGCGCGAGCUGUCGUCGUCGACGCGCGCCACCCUCGCCUGGCUCGCCGAGGCCGCCUCGAAGCCGGCGGCCGGGGUGUCGCGGGCCGUCUCCCGGGCCGUCCGGAGGACGAUGCGGUCCCCCUGGACGGCGCUGCGGUCGUCGCCGCCUUUCCCGAAGCUCGACAAGCGCACGCCCAUCUUCUCCAAUGAUGACAUCGACGGCAUCGUCACCGUCUUCAAGGCCUUCUUCAACUAUACGUUGCAGGAGUUGACCUAUACAACAUUAAGCAACCCCUUCCGCAACACAAACUUCACCCAAAAUUCUCUAUGGUCUCCGGACGCGCUUGUUUUGGCCGACGGGUCCGAGACGCUCAACGCGCUGCCCAUGCCGGUGCUGGCCCGGCCUGAGCGCCGCCUCGACUUCAUAAUCGCCUGGGACGACUCCGAGGACGUGGCUUUGAACUGGCAGAACGGCACGAAUCUGUAUACUUCGUACUUACAGUCCCUCACUAACGCGCAGGGACCCAUACCUUUUCCAAAAGUCCCCCCUCCCGCCACCUUCGUUGCGCGUGGCUACAACCAUCGACCAACCCUCUUCGGCUGUGACACGUCCCUGACGACGACUCCCGAGCGCGGCCACGAGAGCCCUAUAGUGCUAUAUCUCGCCAAUGCCCCAUACAGCGCUUUCACAAACUACUCCGACUUCCAGUCGGCCCUGUCGCUCGAGCAGACGCGCCAGGUCAUGGUUAACAGCUUCGACCUCGUCACCCAAGGUAACGGCACCCUGGCCCGCGACUGGCCCCGCUGCCUGGCCUGCGCCGUCGUCGAGCGCAGCCGCGCCAGGCUGGGCAUGCCGCGCGCCGCCGCCUGCGACACCUGCUUCGCGAAGUGGUGCUGGGACGGCACCGAGGCCGUCGGGCCCGUGGGCGAUGUGGACCUGCGCAUGGCGCUAAACCCGGGCGUGAGCUUCGCCGAGUGGAAUAAGACGAAUCCGUUUUGA